UCAUGUCCGCACUUCUACUCCAACAGGCAAUGAUGCCUCCCUCGAUGGCCAGGCCUCCUGAUGGGGGCUGGGGCUGGGUGGUGGCAGGGUCUGCAUUUGUGGUGAAUGGGCUCUCCUAUGGGCUGCUCCGGUCUUUGGGCCUUGCCCUCCCUGUCUUCGCAGAAUACUUUGACCGAAGCACCCAGGACACUGCGUGGGUCAGCGCCAUAGCUCUGGCUGUCCAGCAGGCUGCCAGCCCCGUGGGCAGUGCUCUGAGUACCCGUUGGGGGGCACGUCCUGUGGUGAUGGUGGGAGGUAUCAUCACUUCCCUUGGCUUCAUUCUCUCUGCCUUUGCCAGCAGCCUCCUGCACCUCUACCUCGGCCUUGGCCUCCUUGCUGGAUCUGGCUGGGCUCUGGUGUUUGCCCCAGCCCUGGGUACCCUCUCUCGAUACUUCUCCAGGCGCAGGGUCCUGGCUGUGGGGCUAGCCCUGACUGGCAACGGGGUGGCCUCCUUGGUCCUGGCCCCAGUUCUGCAGCUCCUCCUUGAUGCCUUUGGCUGGCGAGGUGCCCUACUUCUGCUCGGGGCCACCACCCUCCAUCUCACCCCCUGUGGGGCCCUGCUCCGGCCUUUAGCUCUCUCUGGAGAUCCUACUACACCACCUCAUAGUCCCCUCACUGCUCUUGGUCUCAACCUGUUCACCCAUCCUGCCUUUGCUGUGUUUGCAUUGGGGACAACCCUUGUGGGGGCUGGUUACUUCAUUCCCUAUGUGCACCUUGCCCCCCAUGCCUUGGACCUUGGUCUUGGAGGAUAUGGGGCAGCUCUGGUGGUUUCUGGGGCAGCGGUAGGCGAUGCAGGGACUCGACUGGUCUCUGGGUGGCUGGCAGAUCGUGGCUGGGUCCCUCUUCCACGGCUGCUGGCCACGACUGGGGCACUGACAGGUUUGGGACUGGUGGCAGUGGGGUUGGUGCAGGAACAAGAAGGGUGGGGGGCUCCCCUACUGGCAGCAGCAGGAGCCUACGGGAUGAGUGCAGGUGCAUUUGCUCCACUGGUGUUUGGUGUCCUGCCAGGUCUUGUAGGGCUUGGGGGAAUCUUGCAGGCCACAGGGCUGGUGAUGAUGCUGAUGAGCCUGGGGGGACUCCUGGGUCCACCACUUUCAGGUUUUCUCCGGGAUGUGACAGGUGACUUUAAAGCUUCCUUCCUUGUCUGUGGCUCCUUCAUCCUUUCUGGAAGCUUCAUAUACCUGAUGCUCCCUGGGGCCCUGCCUCCUUGCCACCCUGCUCUUCCUCCCCCAGCCCCUCCUCCUGAGCAGGGAGAACUCCUUCCUUCACCUCAAAGUGCCCUGGUCUCCCCAAGAGAUCCUCAUUCCAUCCCAAACACUACUUGUUGA